UGGCAGUUGCUCGAGCGCACACAAGUGAACAGGGUGCAAGCCACGCCACGGAAAAGCGCACAGCCCCCGAGGAGUCUGCACCUGCUACAUAUCUACCAGCUGAUCCUCUCUGUCACGGCGCUACCUCCCGCAACGGAAUAGGUUUAGCCGUGCAGUGGAAUUGAAAAGUUAUUUUUUGGAGUAUCUGGAUUAUUGAGAGUUAGCUUCACCUUUGAGAGGACCAUAAAUUCAAGAUGCUGCGGCGAACUUCUCUGACCGGGCCGCCGGGCUUGGGGGGACCCAGUUCGGAGCCGCUGAUCGUGGUCGAGGAGUCGGGCGCCGAACUGGAGGAAGAGGAGGAGGAUGGAGCCAGAGCCAUGACUCCGACCACGCCGCUCGACUCACCCCUCCUGCAGAAUCCAUACCUACUAUCGCCCUACCGAGACCUCAGGAAGAGGUCUUUGCCCACCCCUCAGUGCACGUCAGGAAUCACUGCCAGUCAGGUGCGACGGCUGUCAGAGCAAGGCGGCGAGGGCAGCAAGUGUCCGUCUGCGAGGGAGACGGCGUUCCUGGCGACGCUGAGUCAGGCACCCGUGCCGCAGGCGGGUGGACGCCGUCACUCGGUGGUCACCAUCUCCCGGGCGCCUCCCACCUCGGUGCUGUUCGGCCGCAACCGGCGCGAGUCCAUUGCUGCCUUCCCCGCCGGAUUGCCGCUCGCCGGCCGCCUCUCUCGCAAGGACUCGUCUUCCAGCAUUGCUGCUAGAUCACCGAGUCUCUCAGGAAGCAGCUUCAAUCUACAGCUUGACAUUAUGGAUGACAUAGCCGAUAUUAAAACUCCGAGGAAAGUGAGACUGAAGAUGUGGCAAGAUGAAAACGAAGAAAAGAUUUGCGAAUUGGAACCAAUGGAAGGAGGUGCAGCACCGCAAAGAUAUCAGGCGCCAUCGAGGCGGUUAUCAGAAAUUCCACAACCAGUGACUCAGGCACCAGCAAAAGAGAAGCGCAGGGCAUCUGGAAUUGUAUGCACCAACACUGACCUAAUGUCUAUUAUGUCACUGACGUCAUCAGCACAAGAAAUCAACACAUCAGAAGCAUUGGCAAAAGUGCCUGAAGUUCCAACUCCAGCGCCAUCCGCUACUGCUCCACCAUCUCCAGCUCCAGCAGUGGCUGGACCAUCGACAAAACCUCCAAGCUCUCUAGACCAGAAACGAGGACUCCUGAAAGGCGCCCGGUCCAGCAGCUUUGACGUCUCCUUGCUUCCAGACUGCAAAGAUCCUCAGGGUCCCAACUGGUUUGCCAGACGCCAUCAGCCGAUGGCCAACAAAAAGUAUCUCACACCCCGGCCAGCCACUGACCAGAAACCUCAGAAUAUACCACCUCCCAUGGAUAAGUCUCCAACAACUAUCACAUUUGCUGACGAAAAGGUAGAUCCAUCAUCAGAGCGUAAGAAGUCUGGCAGUGUGUCUGAAGCAGAACUGAAAAAUGUUCUUUGGGAUAAGCCCUCUGGAGCUGUGAUUGAUGCAGAAAUGAUAGGCAGUGCCAUCGAAGUGUAUCUGAACAAAAAGGGUGGUGAGAGUGAGAAGGCAGCAGGAGCGGGUGUGGUGGCGGGGGCAGGGACGGAGGCGGCAGCAGUCGACUCCCCACCACCUUCAGCUGGCCCAUCAGACCAGUCCAAGUCCAAUGCCAAUGCCAAAGGCUCCUCAUGGUUCGGAAACAAACCUAAGCCGGCUGAUGAGGAGGAGGGGUCGUGUGACAACUCCAUUUGUUCCACUCUCAAAGAUCUCUUUGUCAAGUAAUUCUAAAACCUCCAGUUUUUAUUCAUUCCGGGAAUCGAGUUUUAUAAUAAUUUAGCAUGGAUAAAGUAGAUGCAGCAUUGUCAUCUAUAUGAAUCUUCGAAGCAAUUUCCAUUCUCAGUUUUAAAUUAUAACUUACCUAAACCUAUAAUUUUGUAUUGGACCCAUCAAUCAAAAUGAUGGAAUCAUUAAAAACGUUUCCUUUACUCUCGAAACAUAAUCCCAAAUAUUAUUUCAUAGUUACAGUAUUUGUUAUAAUGAUUAUUAUUGAAGGCCUAUACAUGUGAAUCUAAAAGACUGGGCAUAAUAUUGUACUUCUUCCACAAGAAACGUUUUUUGAAAACGAAAAUAGUUCUGUGAAACGUAGGAAAAAAUAAUGAAAAUAUUUGAAUCUGAUCUCAAAAUUAAUUGAAGUUCAACUAAUAGCAAUAAAUCCUGAAAAAUCACUGUAAGCUAAAAGUCAACAAAAUCAGUCCUAAUUUAUAAUCAACUUUGGAAAGAAUAGAUCGAGUGGAGAAAUUUCUAUUAAAGUGUCUAUAUAAUUUAUAAUAUGAAAGCAUAGCAGAUGACAUUUCUGGAUAUUGUUUUGUUGAAAACUGUCAACUUUCUCAUGAAAAUCCCGUUUUAUUUUCGCUUGUAUUGUAAUAGGAAUGUCGUUAUCCGGGUGAAAAGUGGAAGAUGUUUUUCAACAUGUUUUUAAAAAAAUAUCCACAGUUCGCACUUUCGGAAGAAAUGUUUGAUUCAGCUAUGUCAUUGCUAUUUAGCUAUGAACAUUGUCGAGAUAGGAUUAAAUAUAUUUGUUGGACAUGUUUCUUAGUGGAACAUGAAAUAUACAGAAUUCCAAUAAUGAUGCACACAUAUAAGGCCUAAAAUAACCAAAAAAAUUAUGUUCAAAUGUUGAAAAAUCUUCUCUGUUGGUCGAAUACCGUAGGUACUGGCACAGUAUGAUGUAUUCUGUGGUACCGGUAAUAGCUGAUAAUGUUGUGUGCAAAAGUUGAAUAAAUUACAAAGAACGUUCUUCUUCAAUGCAAGAGUAACAUUAAAAUAACACAAUAAUGUUCAUACACAUAUUUGAUAGGUGAUAAAAAUAGUGUUGUUCAAUUUUCUCGACAAUUUGUACUACUAGCCUCUAGAGUAUGGUCUCUUUACAUUGUAACUCUCCCCAAGAUGACCAAUAAAGGAUACAUUCAACAUUUAUAUAAUAUAUGAGGCGUCGUCCCAUAACAAAACUCGCCUUCUCCAUGUUUUUCGAAAAUGAGUUAUGUAUUGCCUAUUAAUUAUAGAAAGAAUUUAUGGUGUUGGUACCCAUGGGAGAAUUGAUGUAUACAAAAAAUACGACGAGUAAGUCCGUUAUCAGAACUCGUAUUU